GCACAAAAGAUAAUAAAUCAGAUGAAGAACUGAAAAUAACUGAAGCGCGAAUGUUUUAGAAUAACAAGAAACAAGAAUAACGAAAAAGACAAAAACAAAACAAAAUAAAAUAUGGAAAAGUUCUCAUUCCCUUCCAAUAGUGCAUGGUUCGCUUUGUUGUUACAAGAAAGGGUUUUAGCGGCGAUUAUGCGUUGGAUUCUCUGUGGAUUGGAAGUUAUAUGGCCUAUCCUCAAGUUUCUUGUACAUCAACUUCAACAAGGUGCGAUGCAAAUUCGGUAUGCGAGCAUAAUCAUCACAGAGUUGGUUGUACAUGCAAGGCUGGAUUUGUCGGCAAUGGAUUCUUAGCUUUCAACGUCGCCACUGGCUGUAAUGCACAUGGAAACUGUUCAACAAAUCCUUGCGACAUGAAUGCCAUCUGUUCAAUAGGAAUCUGUUCGUGUAAACCAGGUUUUCUUGGUAAUGGAGUGAAGAGGUCAAUCAAAGAGGGAACUGCUUGUUUAGAUCUCAACGAAUGCGUCACUUCAAAUGUUUGUAGAACAAACGAAGUAUGUAUCAAUACUCAAGGCGCAUAUAAAUGCGAAUGCAAGCUUGGUUUCUACAAACCUGCUAAAGAAGGUUCUACAUGCACAGCGUCCGUUACCUUAUCAACAGAAGCACCUAUCAUUCAGUCAUCGACACCUGCAACGAAAUCCACAACUACAACAACAACAACGACAACAACAACGACAACAACAACAAUAACAACAACACCACGAGCACGACCACCACCACCAACAACAGCAAUAACAAAAACAACCACAAAAUCAGCUACAACAACAUCAACAACAGUAAAACCUGCACUAACUAAGCUAUCGACCGAAAAAACAACUACUAGUACGACAACUCAAGCAACAACAACUAAAUUAUCGACAACAACAGAAUCACCGACAACAACAAAGCUUACCUCAUCAAAAUCAACAACAAUGAAACCUGUAACAACAAAAACAGCCACUACGAGAAUAACUACAAAAACAACAACGACACAAUUGAAGGUUCCAGAUAUUCCCAUUACAAAUCCUAACCCAAGUACAAUAAAAUCUUCCGAAAUAACUUCUGAUCGACCUACCAAAAUUGUACCAAACACAAAUCAACCUUCCAUAGAAGUUCCGAUAUCUAGUUCACCCAAGGUUUCUGUAAGCAGAACAAUAUCUAGGCAGAAGAAGACAAGGACAACUCCAUAUGAACUCAUUGGUAAAGACAGGAGUUCAAAAACUGAUAUGACCUUGGUGUAUAUCAUAGUGGCAUCUGUUGGAGGAAUACUGGUUCUAAUUGCUAUGGCAGCUGUGCGUAUAUACUGGAAAAAUUCAAAAAAAGAAGACAAAUAUAUUACUAGAGAGGAAUUGAACAUGUAUGCUUCAGGAAGAAGAAAUCUUCCUCCGCCAAUUGGUCCACCACCUGCACCUAGAAUUCAAAGCUCACGCACAACUCCGCCGCUUGAAUAUUCAAACCGACGCACUGAUAGCAGUUACGGAUCGGUUGGACCUUACGAAGAUAUGACUGAGGAAACCGAUUUUCCAAACUAUAUACAACCAAAUGAAUCAACAUCAGAAGGUUACGAAGUUAGCGAGGAGUCCAACCUAGAAAUUUAUUAUCAGAAGGAAGCAAUUAUGCGGGAAUUAGAGAUGUCCAAAUGAUGAGAACACCAAAACUUGAAGAACAGUUUGAUGCUGACAAUAUAUCCAAAGAAAUUCUACUGAAAUGCGUAAACUACACGUUUUUUCUGUAAAAUUUUUUUUUAAUUUAAAACGUGUAUACUUAGGAAGGCACUCCUAAAAUUGUUAAAUCACAGAUUAAUGUAGAUUAAGUUGUAACUCGAAUAAAAUAAUAAAAAUGCAAGAAACUUA